ACCAUUCUACAACACUGUUCUCUGUGAUACAACCUUGAGCUUGGCAGAGCAAACGCAACAAUAUUAAAAGAGUAAAAGUUUACUGUGCUAUUACUUUGUUUCCAUACAAUCUCAAGAGAUGUUUCCACACAGAGAUGUAAAAUUUCCACCUUUAACAGAGUCACAAAAACAAAAACAUUCUGACGACGAAUCUUGUCUUAUUACCAAGGAAGGACAUAAAAGAGCCACUUCUGCCCAGACCUGUUUAACCAGAAAGUUGUGCUGGACUGGAAGCAGUUACAUGUACACAGGCUCAGGGAGAAAACCUCAAUUCCUGAUGGAGCUAGAAAGCUACGUUAAGAAGGAGCUUCAUGAUAUCAGCCCACAUGAACCAAAGUUUCAGGAACUGAAACUACAGGUCUACGGCAACGUUUUCAGCUGUUUCAUGAGUGCAUGCAGAACCUACCAACCCCUUCUUUCUGCCAUCAAAAAAGAAUAUGAAAACACUUUAGCGCAUCAGCAGGAUCAAAUCCGAGAGCUGGAGCCAUUGCGGUCCCACCUGAGGCUUAUGAGCGAGGAAUGUGACAGGAAGUUUCAAAUGCAGAGAAAAGAGGUGCAGGCUGAGAUUGACAACUUGACAAGAGAGAAGCAGCAGCUGCAAAAAGACAUUGAAGCCAUGAAGGAGAAAGAAAAGGCCAUGCAGACAGUGGUGGACCAUCUGCAGUCAGAGCUGGCCAACCAGUAUCUGCAGUACCGGAAGGAGUGUGAUGCCCGUAAGUUGCUGAUUUGGCAGCUCAAUGACCUGCUGAAAGACUCUGAGACGAGGGAGCACCCUGCAGAUGAAAACACAGAAUAUUCUAAGGACUCUGUAGAACUGCAGCUUGCUCUCAAAGUGUGUCGAGAAGACCUGACUAAAACCCAGGAGCAACUCAACAAGUUAAAGGCGGAGUACUGGGAUGUCGUUCCCCGACGCAACUGGGACAUCCUGGAACAAAACCACAAACAGACCCUGCUGCAGUUGAAGAUGCUGCAGGGUGACUUUGAUCUGAUGAAGAGUGAAUAUCACACCCUGCUGGAGAUCUACAAAAAAGGCAGCAUGGAGACCAAGACAUAUGUCUCCACUAGCGUUCAUACAGGGGAGGGUGGACCUGAAGGGCAACACCAGAUCCAGUCCGACCAGCCAGAAGAGCAGGUCCACGUUAAAGCUAAAGAGAGCACCGCCCUACCUGUCCAGGAGUUUAGGCAGAGGGAUGACCCUGAGGCUGCAAAGUCAGAUGAAGAAACAGACGUACAUGUGACUGAGGCUGAUACUGAAGCAGAACGCAGUGAUGAUGAUAUCCUCUCUCAGAUUCCACCAUGAGGCAAAGAGAAGAGUCAGUCUUGCAUAGAAAAUUUGAGGGAUGUCUUUACAUCUGUAGUCACUCUAAAACCUUUCCUCUUCAGUUGGUGAAAAUGCCACAUGUGGUAUUUAUAAUGUCUGUACAGAAAAAAGUCUAUCUUAAAUAACCCCAAAGGUUUUAGAUUCCAUACUAAGAUGGCAGCCACUUAGUGAAGCACAAAACCAUCUUUUUAAGUGGUGAUAACAGCCUGUAUUGCUAGUUAAAUUUUUAGAAGGUUCAGAAAUAUGAAAUGGGAACUCAUUUUUAUUAUAACUCAUGUUGUUUAAUGUAACUCUAAUUAGACCUUUUUUUAAGCAGAUUCAUAUGAAUGUGCAGGAAAAUGUUCGUCCAGCUCAAUGGUUUUAGGGUCACAGCAGAUUUCUCAGUAGCAAAGGAAACUGAAUAUCUUGCCAAGUAAGUCAAAACUAUUUUUAGAUCCUGAUGCAAAUUAACAUAAACCAUGUUGACAAACCAGUUAAAACCAUCAUAUCUGAUGCAGCUUAUCAAAAUACAAAUAAAUCACAAUUUAUACUUGUAAUUCAGAUAUUAUUCAUUUUAUUUGUGGUUGUAUAAGUCUGUACUAAACUUAAAUACAGUGCUAACAUCCAGUGCCUACUGUACCAUCAGUUUUCAUCAAUUUUUGUUAAAAUUAUUUAAUCCACAAACUGUUGAUACACAUUUUUAUUAAGUGUAAGCUACAGUUCACACACACUUUGGACACUUCCUUAAUCCAAGUCUCUACUGGUUCAGGAUCAAAGUAAAACACGAACUGAACAGGUAGAUCAUCUCUGAAAUAUUGUCCUACAGUAAAUCAGCUUGCUUCUACACAGCCUGGAUAAUACGUAGCCUGUAAGGAUUUCUAAAGUAAUCACAGCUUACAAAUGAGUUAAUCAUGGUUAGUCACCAUUCGCAUGCAUAUGCCUGAAAUAUGCCAGUUUUACUGUAUGAAAUAAACAGAAAGAGCCAGCACUUAAAAAUAUGUAGUGUUAACUGACCUUCACUUUAGA